CUGUAACCAUUUUCUCAUUUCAUAACUAUUGGAACCAUUUUCUCCGGGCAGCAUUAAUUUUUCAAAAUGUAUUUGAUGUACGAUGUAAAUGUAAACGGUGAAAGAGUGUACACGUUGAAGAAACACAACGCAUUGGGUACUCCGACUCAAUCGGCUCACCCGGCACGAUUCUCGCCAGAGGAUAAGUACUCUCGUUAUCGCAUCAUCAUCAAGAAACGGUUCGGAUUAUUGCUGACACAAAAGCCUGAACCUAUUUACUGAUCAGCUGAAUCGAUAAAUCUUCCGCAUUUACUAA